AUGGCAACGGGCUGGCAAGCUUUAGCUAUUGAGCAAGCCGAAUUGAUAUCCAGUCGUCUCAGAGAGCUGUUAUCCUCCGGGGAGGGAUAUAUCCGAUCGGAGUUUGGGGUGGAAUUGGGACUGACGCCUGAGCUGUACCCGUUAUGGGUGAUCCUUUCCGCCGCGGUGCUGGUGCUGGUUCUGCCGUGGGCCGCGGUCUGUGGCGGACUCUUCGGUGGGAAAAAGCUAGGAGCUCCGGUUACACAAGACAGUGGCGAUUCCCUCAAAGGCCAAGUGAAUAAGAUUGUGAAGCCCGAGGCACAAAAGAAGAAGACUAAAAAGAAAUGUACUGAAAAGGUAGCUUCACAUAUAGCUAGCUAACUAGUUGGAAAUGGUCAUUGUCGUGGCGCUGGCAAACUUCCAUUCAGCUGAGUGUUGUGUUGUUGGCUCGCUGGCUAGCCGGUUAGCUUGCUAAUGUUAGCCGCUAACUAGCUGAAUAUCUAAACUAUUUCUAAGAUCUUACUUUGUUUUGUCAGCUUAGCUUGCAGAUAGCACUCUUCGUUAGUAUGAAUAAUCGUAUUCUCAUGUAGCUAGUUAUCAAUUCCAUGUGAAUCAUAAAUGACCUAACUACUACUAGAUAUGCAGGUUUAACUAGCUAGCCAAUUUAGCUAGAUUGCGUAGUUAGCUGGCUAACUAGCUAACGAUAGCUUGUCUGAUCACUGUCAGCCUGCCUGAUGUCUAGAUAGGUUUGUCAUGUUAUUUUGUCACUCACACGGCUUCAGUAAUAGCUCCAUUUAUGUCGUUUCUCUCUCGGCCUACAGAAGUCUCAGUAUAAUGGACGAACAGUGUCGGAGCCGCAGGAGGAAGAGAGAGAAGGAAUUACCCAACCUGAGGUUUGUACCUAACAAUAACAUCUUUAAGUCUAAUGGAAGUUUAUUUGGAUUGACAAGGGGGAAUGUAUUUCUCAUCCAAUUACCAAAGGCAAAGCGAUCCUUGCACCUGUAAAUCAGCGUCUGUAGGACCGUUAGCUAGAAUUGAUGAAAGGCCUGUAUCCACAUUUUAAAUGGUGGUAACAGGUCCAUGGUGAAGAUAGUAACAUGUAAUAGUAAUUUGAACAUGGAUAUUUAGCCUAAUUACUUGAUAAAACUGAUGCAUAGAACAAACUGGCUUUCCAGGCUGUUCUCCAGCUCACUGAGAGGGGUAAUGCUGGUCUAGAAGGGGCUGUUCUCCAGCUCACUGAGGGGUAAUGCUGGUCUAGAAGGGGCUGUUCUCCAGCUCACUGAGAGGGGUAAUGCUGGUCUAGAAGGGGCUGUUCUCCAGCUCACUGAGGGGUAAUGCUGGUCUAGAAGGGGCUGUUCUCCAGCUCACUGAGAGGGGUAAUGCUGGUCUAGAAGGGGCUGUUCUCCAGCUCACUGAGAGGGGUAAUGCUGGUCUAGAAGGGGCUGUUCUCCAGCUCACUGAGAGGGGUAAUGCUGGUCUAGAAGGGGCUGUUCUCCAGCUCACUGAGAGGGGUAAUGCUGGUCUAGAAGGGGCUGUUCUCCAGCUCACUGAGAGGGGUAAUGCUGGUCUAGAAGGGGCUGUUCUCCAGCUCACUGAGAGGGGUAAUGCUGGUCUAGAAGGGGCUGUUCUCCAGCUCACUGAGAGGGGUAAUGCUGGUCUAGAAGGGGCUGUUCUCCAGCUCACUGAGAGGGGUAAUGCUGGUCUAGAAGGGCCAGGUGGUCCAAGCUGGUGUCAGGUUUGCUUCUGGACAUCCAGAUUCAGCAUCAGGAGUUAUUUAAAAACUUAUCUGUUUCACUCAGUACCUGGUGGGGAGCUCAGUACCUGGUGGGGAGCUCAGUACCUGGUGGGGAGCUCAGUACCUGGUGGGGAGCUCAGUACCUGGUGGGGAGUUUUAAGUUGCCUGCCACACAGCUGCAGCUGAUAACAGACAAACUGCAAAGGAUGUUGAGUCACUCACACUGUGUUUGGUCAGGCUGUAGGUUAUGCCAUGGUUACACAGUAUUGUAUAUUGGGAAACUGGAAAUAUACCAAUGAUAUAUAUAAACCCUGGAUUGCUGAUGCUAUGUAUUGGCUAUUGGGAGGCUUUGAAGCCAGCGGUCGGCCAUAUUGCCACUCCCCAGUAGGAGCAGUUCUCCAUAGGAAUGAAUGGAAUUCUAUUUCAAUUAAAUGUUUCAAGGACAAAAUUAUUAUGUAUUUAAGUAUUUUUGUUAUUGUUGUGGGAAAAUGUUUUAUUUAUAUAUAUUUAUUUCAUUUGUUAAGCUCACAUAAGAUCAUUUAAAAGUAUUAAUUAAGGUGUCUGUAAUAGAAUAAAUGUGGCAAAACUAACUAGACAUGAAUAAAUGCAUUUCUAUAGCUUCCUUUUUUCUUUUUACAAUGUUGGGGUAAAGGAAGCACGGUGGCUUCAACACAGCGCCCCCUAGCAGUCAUCUAGUGUAUACAUCAAUAUUUAUCAAUGAAUGAACAUUAGGACUACUAUUGCUUGAAAGUUUGACUUUUUGUUGUCUUUCAUUGAAUAGGUGAAGAAAACCAAGAAGAAAGCGAAACCCGAGGUGAAACCAGCCGAGAGGGUUUCUGCUGGCGAUGGCAAAGAGCCUGAUGAUGGUACGACCUUUAACCCCUUUAUGAACCCUUCACCUUGGGGGACUUCUUUAUACCCUCUUGCUAAAUGUAUCCUGCAGAAUUAUACUGUUUUAAUUCAGACUGUGCUAUUUUAAGACCCUUGUAUAAGGCUACAAUGGCAUUGUUAGGGGAUUAGGCAGUGACUCACAGGAUGCGUCCCAAAUGGCACCCUAUUCCCUAUAUAGUGCACUACUUUAGACCAGAGAAUGGCACCCUAUUCCCUAUAUAGUGCACUACUUUAGACCAGAGAAUGGCACCCUAUUCCCUAUAUAGUGCACUACUUUAGACCAGAGAAUGGUACCCUAUUCCCUAUAUAGUGCACUACUUUAGACCAGAGAAUGGUACCCUAUUCCCUAUAUAGUGCACUACUUUAGACCAGAGAAUGGCACCCUAUUCCCUAUAUAGUGCACUACUUUAGACCAGAGAAUGGCACCCUAUUCCCUAUAUAGUGCACUACUUUAGACCAGAGAAUGGUAUCCUAUUCCCUAUAUAGUGCACUACUUUAGACCAGAGAAUGGUACCCUAUUCCCUAUAUAGUGCACUACUUUAGACCAGAGAAUGGCACCCUAUUCCCUAUAUAGUGCACUACUUUAGACCAGAGAAUGGCACCCUAUUCCCUAUAUAGUGCACUACUUUAGACCAGAGAAUGGUACCCUAUUCCCUAUAUAGUGCACUACUUUAGACCAGAGAAUGGCACCCUAUUCCCUAUACAGUGCACUACUUUAGACCAGAGAAUGGAACCCUAUUCCCCAUAUAGUGCACUACUUUAGACCAGAGAAUGGCACCCUGUUCCCUAUAUAGUGCACUACUUUAGACCAGAGAAUGGCACCCUAUUCCCUAUAUAGUACACUACUUUAGACCAGAGAAUGGCACCCUAAUCCCUAUAUAGUGCACUACUUUAGACCAGAGAAUGGCACCCUAUUCCCCAUAUAGUGCACUACUUUAGACCAGAGAAUGGCACCCUAUUCCCUAUAUAGUGCACUACUUUAGACCAGAGAAUGGCACCCUAUUCCAUAUAUAGUGCACUACUUUAGACCAGAGAAUGGAACCCUAUUCCCUAUAUAGUGCACUACUUUAGACCAGAGAAUGGCACCCUAUUCCCUAUAUAGUGCACUACUUUAGACCAGAGAAUGGCACCCUAUUCCCUAUAUAGUGCACUACUUUAGACCAGAGAAUGGAACCCUAUUCCCUAUAUAGUGCACUACUUUAGACCAGGCCUUGUGGGCCCUGUAUGGGGACUAGGGUGCCAAUUGGGACCAGCCCUAGUGUCCAACUGAACUUGAAUAGUCAGAUGGGUGAGAGGUUAUGACUAAUGGUCCAGUCCAGGAGUUACAUUUUGUAUACAUCUGGCCCAUCAUUGGACACUGUGUUAACAAACCUCCAAACGAGCUUCAAUGCCAUACAACACUCCUUCCGUAGCCUCCAACUGCUCUUAAACACUAGUAAAACUAAAUGCAUGCUCUUCAACCGAACGCUGCUUGCACCCGCCCGCCCGACUAGAAUCACUACUCUCGGCGGGUCUGACUUAGAGUAAGACCGUAAACUCUCCUUCCAGACUCACAUUAAGCAUCUCCAAUCAAAAGUUAGAUCUAGAAUCCGCUUCCUAUUUCGCAACAAAGCCUCCUUCACUCAUGCUGCCAAACAUGCCCUCGUAAAACUGACUAUCCUACCGAUCCUUGACUUCGGCGAUGUAAUUUACAAAAUAGCAAAUGCAAAAAUCUCUGAAGCUGGAGACACUUAUCUCCCUCACUAACUUUAAGCAUCAGUUGUCAGAGCAGCUUACCGAUCACUGCACCUGUACACAGCCCAUCUGAAAUUAGCCCACCCAACUACCUCAUCCCCAUAUUGUUAUUUAUUUUGCUAAUUUGCACCUCAGUAUCUCUAUUUGCACAUCAUCUUUUGCACAUCUAUCAUUCCAGUGUUAAUUACGAAAUUGUAACUACACUGCUCAAAAAAAUAAAGGGAACACUUAAACAACACAAUGUAACUCCAAGUCAAUCACACUUCUGUGAAAUCAAACUGUCCACUUAGGAAGCAACACUGAUUGACAAUACAUUUCACAUGCUGUUGUGCAAAUGGAAUAGACAACAGGUGGAAAUUAUAGGCAAUUAGCAAGACACCCCCAAUAAAGGACUGGUUUUGCAGGUGGUGACCACAGACCACUUCUCAGUUCCUAUGCUUCCUGGCUGAUGUUUUGGUCACUUUUGAAUGCUGGCGGUGCUUUCACUCUAGUGGUAGCAUGAGACGGAGUCUACAACCCACACAAGUGGCUCAGGUAGUGCAGCUCAUCCAGGAUGGCACAUCAAUGCGAGCUGUGGCAAGAAGGUUUGCUGUGUCUGUCAGCGUAGUGUCCAGAACAUGGAGGCGCUACCAGGAGACAGGGCAGUACAUCAGGAGACGUGGAGGAGGCUGUAGGAGGGCAACAACCCAGCAGCAGGACUGCUACCUCCGCCUUUGUGCAAGGAGGAGCAGGAGGAGCACUGCCAGAGCCCUGCAAAAUGACCUCCAGCAGGCCACAAAUGUGCAUGUGUCUGCUCAAAUGGUCAAAAACAGACUCCAUGAGCGUGGUAUGAGGGCCCGACGUCCACAGUUGGGGGUUGUGCUUACAGCCCAACACCGUGCAGGACGUUUGGCAUUUGCCAGAGAACACCAAGAUUGGCAAAUUCGCCACUGGUGCCCUGUGCUCGUCACAGAUGAAAGCAGGUUCACACUGACCACAUGUGACAGACGUGACAGAGUCUGGAGACGCCGUGGAGAACGUUCUGCUGCCUGCAACAUCCUCCAGCAUGACCGGUUUGGCGGUGGGUCAGUCAUGGUGUGGGGUGGCAUUUCUUUGGGGGGGCCGCACAGCCCUCCAUGUACUCGCCAGAGGUAGCCUGACUGCCAUUAGGUACCGAGAUGAGAUCCUCAGACCCCUUGUGGGACCAUAUGCUGGUGCGGUUGGCCCUGGGUUCCUCCUAAUGCAAGACAAUGCUAGACCUCAUGUGGCUGGAGUGUGUCAGCAGUUCCUGCAAGAGGAAGGCAUUGAUGCUAUGGACUGGCCCGCCCGUUCCCCAGACCUGAAUCCAAUUGAGCACAUCUGGGACAUCAUGUCUCGCUCCAUCCAACAACGCCACGUUGCACCACAGACUGUCCAGGAGUUGGCGGAUGCUUUAGUCCAGGUCUGGGAGGAGAUCCCUCAGGAGACCAUCCGCCACCUCAUCAGGAGCAUGCCCAGGCGUUGUAGGGAGGUCAUACAGGCACGUGGAGGCCACAUACACUACUGAGCCUCAUUUUGACUUGUUUUAAGGACAUGACAUCAAAGUUGGAUCAGCCUGUAGUGUGGUUUUCCACUUUAAUUUUGAGGGUGACUCCAAAUCCAGACCUCCAUGGGUUUCCAUUGAUAAUUUUUGUGUGAUUUUGUUGUCAGCACAUUCAACUAUGUAAAGAAAAAAGUAUUUAAUAAGAUUAUUUCAUUCAUUCAGAUCUAGGAUGUGUUAUUUUAGUGUUCCCUUUAUUUUUUUGAGCAGUGUAUUUUUGCACUAUGGCCUAUUUAUUUAUUGCCUUACCUCCAUAACUUACUACAUUCGAACACACUGUAUAUAUAUUUUCUGUUUUAUUUUUGACUUUAUUUUGUUUUACCCCAUGUGUAACCCUGUGUUGUUGUUUUUAUCGCACUGCUUUGCUUUAUCUUGGCCAGGUCGCAGUCACCAAUUGUGAAGUUCUCCCACUUAAAAAGAUGAGUCCAAGACCAUAAUUUGCAAAUAAAUUCAUUAAAAAUCCUACAAUGUGAUUUUCUGGAUUUUUUUUCUCUCAAUUUGUCUGUCAUAGUUGACGUGUACCUAUGAUGAAAAUUACAGGCCUCUCUCAUCUUUUUAAGUGGGAGAAACAGUUGUGUUUAAUCUGUUGCUUAAUGAUUGAUGCCAUUUCACCUUGAUCUAACUAACAUCAAGCUGUGUAGAAACGUCCAUGUUGGCCAAGCAGUAAUUCAAUUGAGGCUAUACAACUAUAAAUUGGAUAUCUGUAUGAUGACAUUAAUGAAAACCUUAAAUCACACUUAAAAGGUUAUCAAGCUGUGCUUCUAGUUCUGUAGGGAUCAUCUUUUUCAUUAAGAGAUGUGUAACGGGGUGGGGUUAGGGUCUGGGGCGGGUGAUCAUCUUUUUCAUUAGGAGAUGUGUAACGGGGUGGGGUUAGGGUCUGGGGCGGGUGAUCAUCUUUUCCAUUAGGAGAUGUGUAACGGGGUGGGGUUAGGGUGUAACGGGGUGGGGUUAGGGUGUAACGGGGUGGGGUUAGGGUGUAAAGGGGUGGGGUUAGGGUGUAAAGGGGUGGGGUUAGGGUGUAACGGGGUGGGGUUAGGGUCUGGGGCGGGUGAUCAUCUUUUCCAUUAGGAGAUGUGUAACGGGGUGGGGUUUGGUGUAGUAAAGGGGUGGGGUUAGGGUGUAAAAUGGGUGUGGGGUUAGGGUCUGGGGCGGGUCAUUAGGAGAUGUGUAAAGGGGGUGGGGGUUAGGGGUGUAAAAGGGGGGGGUUGAGGGUGUAAAAGGGGUGGGGUUAGGGGUCUGGGGCGGGUCAUAAGCAGAUGUGUAACGUGGUGGGGUUAGGUGUAAAAAAGGGGGGUUGGGGUUAGGGGUGUAACGGGGUGGGGUUAGGGUGUAAAGGGGUGGGGUGGGGUUAGGGUCUGGGGCGGGUCAUUAAGAGAUGUGUAAAGGGUGGGGUUAGGGUGUAAAGGGGUGGGGUUAGGGUGUAAAGGGGUGGGGUUAGGGUGUAAAGGGGUGGGGUAAGGGUGUAAAGGGUGGGGGUUAGGGUGUAAGAGGGGUGGGGUUAGGGUGUAAAAGGGGUGGGGUUAGGGUGUAAAGGGGUGGGGUUUAGUGUCUGGGGCGGGUGAUGCUGAUCUAGGAUCAGUUAAGGUCCAAGUAAAAAGACCCAUGAGCACCAACAAGAGAAAAGACCCAUGAGCACCAACAAGAGAAAAGACCCAUGAGCACCAACAAGAGAAAAGACCCAUGAGCACCAACAAGAGAAAAGACCCAUGAGCACCAACAAGAGAAAAGACCCAUGAGCACCAACAAGAGAAAAGACCCAUGAGCACCAACAAGAGAAAAGACCCAUGAGCACCAACAAGAGAAAAGACCCAUGAGCACCAACAAGAGAAAAGACCCAUGAGCACCAACAAGAGAAAAGACCCAUGAGCACCAACAAGAGAAAGACCCAACAGAGCACCAACAAGAGAAAAGACCCAUGAGCACCAACAAGAGAAAAGACCCAUGAGCACCAACAAGAGAAAAGACCCAUGAGCACCAACAAGAGAAAAGACCCAACAGAGCACCAACAAGAGAAAAGACCCAUGAGCACCAACAAGAGAAAUGACCCAUGAGCACCAACAAGAGAAAAGACCCAUGAGCACCAACAAGAGAAAAGACCCAUGAGCACCAACAAGAGAAAAGACCCAUGAGCACCAACAAGAGAAAAGACCCAUGAGCACCAACAAGAGAAAAGACCCAUGAGCACCAACAAGAGAAAAGACCCAUGAGCACCAACAAGAGAAAAGACCCAUGAGCACCAACAAGAGAAAAGACCCAUGAGCACCAACAAGAGAAAUGAAAGCUAAUAGUAUUUGUGAGAAAUUAAGGUGUAUAUACUGUGCAUUCAGAAGUAUUAAGACCCGUUCCCUUUUCCACAUUUUGUUACGUUACAGCCUUAUUCUAAAAUUAAUUACAUAUUUUUUUUCAGCAAUCUACACACAAUACCCCAUAAUGACAAAGUGAAAACAGGUUUUUAUACAUUUUAGCAAAUUUAUAAAAUAAAAAAAAACAGAAAUACCUUAUUUACAUAAGUAUUCAGACCCUUUGCUAUGAGACUUCGAAAUUGAGCUCAGGUGCAUCCUGUUUCCAUUGAUCAUCCUUGAGAUGUUUCUACAACUUGAUUGGAGUCCACCUGUGGUAAAUUCAAUUGAGUUGACAUGAUCUGGAAAGGAACACAGCUGUCUAUAUAAGGUCUCACAGUUGACAGUGCAUUUCAGAGCAAAAAAAAAGCCAUGACGUCGAAGGAAUUGUCCGUAGAGCUCCAAGACAGGAUUGUGUCGAGGCACAGAUCUGGGGAAGGGUACCAAAAAAUGUCUGCAGCAUUGAAGGUCCCCAAGAACACAGUGGCCUCCAUCAUUCUUAAAUGGAAUACAUUUGGAACCAGCAAGACUCUUCGUAGAGCUGGCCGCUUGGCCAAACUGAGCAAUCGGGGGAGAAGGGCCUUGGUCAGGGAGGUGACCAAGGACCCAAUGGUCAUUUUGACAGAGCUCCAGAGUUCCUCUGUGGAGAUGGGAGAACCUUCCAGAAGGACAACCAUCUCUGCAGCACUCCACCAAUCAGGCCUUUAUGGUAGAGUGGCCAGACGGAAGCCACUCCUCAGUAAAAUGACAGCCAGCUUGGAGUUUACCAAAAGGCACCUAAAGGACUCUCAGAUCAUGAGAAACAAGAUUCUCUGGUCUGAUGAAACCAAGAUUGAACUCUUGGGCUGAAUGCCAGCGUCACGUCUGGAGGAACCUGACACCAUCCCUACGGUGAAGCGUGGUGGUGGCAGCAUCAUACUGUGGGGAUGUUUUCAGUGUUAGGGAUCUGGGAGGACUAGUCAGGAUCGAGGGAAAGAUGAACGGAGCAAAGUACAGAGAGAUCCUUGAUGAAAACCUGCUCCAGAGCGCUCACGGACCUCAGACUGUGGCGAAGGUUCACCAUUCCAACAUGGAAGUAUUCUGAAGGUUCCUGAAUGUCACUUGAGUUGGCCCAGUCAGAGCCCGGAAUUGAAACCCGAUCAAAACAUCUCUGGCGAGACCUGAAAAAUAGCUGGAUCUGUAGAGCGAAUUGUGAGGCAACUCCCAAAUACAGGGCGCGAAACUCCCCCAAUACAAGGUGCGCAACUUGUUAGCGUCAUACCCCAAUAAGACUCGAGGCUGUAAUCGCUGCCAAAGAUGCUACAAAAGUACUCUGUUAAAGGGUCCUGUAUACUUAUGUAAAUUUGAUUAUUUCAGUUAGUUAUUUUUUAAUACAUUUGCAAAAUUUUCCUAAAAACCUUUUUUUGCUUUCAUUAUGGGGUGUAGAUUGAUGAAGAGAAAAAAACAUGAAUCCAUUUUAGAUAAUCUGUAACAAAAUGUGGAAAAAUUUCCAGGGUUCUAGAAAACGUUCGAAUUGCACGUAUAUUUACAUUUCCAUCCUAAAAAUAGGAUAAGUUCCAGGCUUUGGGUUCUGACCAGAUGAAAAGGGUCUUAGAAACUCUACCGUUGACGUAAAAAAAAAAAAUCAAAUAUUUCACCUUUAUUUACCAGGUAAGCCGUUGAGAACAGGUUCUCAUUACAACUGCGACUGGCCAAGAUAAAGCAAAGUAGUGCCAUAAAAACAACACAGAGUUACAUAGGGGUAAAAAACAUAAAGUCAGAAAUACAACAGAAAAUGAUAUAUAACAGUGUGUGCAAUGUAGCAAUUAAUUGGAUGUAAGGUCAUAAAUAGGGCUAAGUGCGCAUAAUUCACAAUAGUAAAGUCCCCCAUGCCACCGAAUAUUAACACUUAUAUUUAGUUUGAGACAUUUUUCUGCCUUCUUUACGUUUUAAGAAACAUUGCCUUGUGCCUUGAAAUUCCGUUACCAAAAGCCCACAUAUCUUUAAGAUAGGGAGGAUAAUAAGUAAAGAAAUAAAUAAUAAAUGUUUGGAAGUAAAGGACUUAUCAAUCAAUUAGUUCGUUUUUACUGAUAUCAAAUUUGUUUAUGAAUUAUUAAGUAAUUAAAGCUAGAAAUUCAGUGACAAAAUUGAUAACGGAAUUUCAGAAAAAUCGGUAACAGAAUUUCUGCAAUUGAAUUGGCUACAAUGCGAAAUCAUAGUAGUCACACCACAGUUGGGUUCACAAGUUUGGACGAGAGGAGAGUAGAGCGGACAGAGAGGAAAAGUAAGAGAGGAGAGUAGAGCGGACAGAGAGGAAAAGUAAGAGAGGAGAGUAGAGUUGAGGACACUAUAAUGUACUAUAGUCUACUGCACCCAACUGAAUAGUUUUUCACAGUAUACUGAAACUUCUGCACUUUUUUUGAUACAGUACUGGAAUUUAUGUUUGGUACUUCUGUCAAAUGUGUCUCACGAGAUACAGGAUGCCCUCUCAGUCAGCGCAGCCUCUUUUAAAGUGUGAAGAGCAAAGUGCCUGUUCCUCUUCCUCAAUCAUUACUAGAGCUGUCUGGCUGCAUUGUUCGCUCUCCACCAAUGACCUGUAUCUACACUGAACAAAAAGAUAAAUGCAACAUGUAAAGUGUUCGUCCCAUGUUUCAUGAGCUGAAAUAAAAGAUCCCAGAAAUUUUCCCAAACACACAGAAUACAAAAAUAGCUUAUUUGUGCACAAAUUUGUUUACAUCCCUGUUAGAGAAUUUCUCCUUUGCCAAGAUAAUCCAUCCACCUGACAGGUGUGGCAUAUCAAGAAGCUGAUUUAAACAGCAUGAUCAUUACACAGGUGCACAUUGUGCUGUGGACAAUAAAAGGCCACUCUAAAAUGUGCAGUUUUUUCACAACACAAUACCACAGAUGUGUGCAAUUGCAUUGCUGACUGCAGGAAUGUCCACCAGAGCUGUUGCUAGAGAAUUGAAUGUUCAUUUCUCUACCAUAAGCUUCCUCCAAUGUCAUUUUAGAGAAUUUGGCAGUACGUCCAACCGGCCUCACAACCGCAGACCACGUGUCACCACGCCAGUCCAGGACCGCCACAUCCGGCUUCUUCACCUGCAGGAUCGUCUGAGACCAGCCACCCAGACAGCUGAUGAAACUGUGGGUUUGGACAACCGAAGAGUUUCUGCACACUGUCAGAAACCGUCUCAGGGAAGCUCAUCUGGGUGCUCGUUGUCCUCAUCAGGGUCUUGACCUGACUGCAGUUUGGCGUCGUAACCGACUUCAGUGGGCAAAUGCUCACCUUCGAUGGCCACAGGCACGCUGGAGAAGUAUGCUCUUCAUGGAUGAAUCCCGGUUUCAACUGUACCGGGCAGAUGGCAGACAGAGUGUUUGGCAUCGUGUGGGCGAUUGGUUUGCUGAUGUCAACGUUGUGAACAGUGUGACCCAUGGUGGCAGUGGGGUUAUGGUAUGGGCAGGCAUAAGCUACGGACAACGAACACAAUUGCAUUUUAUCUAUGGAAAUUUGAAUGCACAGAGAUACCUUGACGAGACCCUGAGGCCCAUUGUCGUGCCAUUCAUCCACCGCCAUCACCUCAUGUUUCAGCAUGAAAAUGCACAGCCCCAUUUCUCAAGGAUCUGUAUACAAUUCCAUGGCCUGCAUAUUCACCAGACAUGACACCCGUUGAGCAUGUUUGGGAUGCUCUGGAUCAACGUGUGUGACAGCAUGUUCCAAUUCCCGCCAAUAUCCAGCAACUUUGUACAGCCAUUGAAGAGGAGUGGAACAACAUUCCACAGGCCGCAAUCAACAGCCUGAUCAACUCUAUGUGAAGGAGAUGUGUCGCGCUACAUGAGGCAAAUGGUGGUCACACCAGAUACUGACUGGUUUUCUGAUCAAUGCCCCUACUUUUGUUUUGAAAGGUAACUGUGACCAACAGAUGCAGAUCUGUAUUCCCAGUCGUGAAAUCCAUAGAUUAGGGCCUGAUUAAUUUAUUUCAAUUGACUGAUUUCCUUAUAUGAAGUGUAACUCAGUAAAAUCUUAAUGUUGUCAUGUUGUUCAGUAUCUGUGAAGACUCAAUAGUGCAUUUGAAAACAAGGAAUUCUGGUUGAGAUGUCAUGUGGGAGAUCUAUGUGGACAGAACAUGCGCAGUUUGAGCUACUCUAGGAAGGCUCAGUGCUGCCCCCUCUCAUUGAGUAUCUCAAGUUGAAGGCCGACCAGGGUACUGCAGGCUGCCAUUAGCUACUGGUUUUUAAAGUAAUCGGUUCAAGGCCCAUACAUCUGGAGAAAUAGUCAAUUAUUGGUCCCAUGAUUGUCUUUGAAAUUUGUAUUUAUUUACACGAAGAUUGACCACGAAGAUUGCCAUUUUCUGAAAACUUGAACUUUGUUCUCGCCUGCUCCCAACUCAUGCUGCACAAACGUUAACACACUUGAAGAAUUUAACACGGCAUGUAGAAAUGUAGAAACUGUUCAUUACUGUUCGCAAAACAAUGUCCAUACAGGCUAGAGUGCAAGACAUACCAGUAGCUUUAAUUGUAGGCUAACGUUCCUGGCUAGCUGACAGCUGACGCUAACAUUAAUUCACUACCCUACGACUUGGAUUGUGAUAAUAUGCUAAACUAUAAUGCAAAAUAUACUGAUUUCAAAGAUGAUUGUCCCCAACUUUAUUAAUUCACUUCUUCGUCUGCCUCGCCUCCCCCGUCUGGUUUCCACAAGAUUCCACAGCCACGUUCUGCCUCGUGCCGUUCUGCCUCGUGCCGUUCUGCCUCGUGCCGUUCUGCCUCGUGCCGUUCUGCCUCGUGCCGUUCUGCCUCGUGCCGCUCUGCCUCGUGACGUUCUGCCUCGUGCCGUUCUGCCUCCCGAACGUCAUUCAUUUCUUAGAGACACACGGUUAUAAAAGAAGAGAUUGCUUCUUCUGUGCAAAUGUUGUUAAUCAGUUCAAUAAAAUAUGUUCUUGUAGCAGUUGCCAAUAUAAUAAGUCCUAAAUGGAAGGGAUUGUUUCAUCUAUAGCUCCAUGAAGUCAGCUAAAAUAAGCUCAAUACCUCAGUGCCCCACUCCUAUUGAAUAAUAUGGUUUCCCCUCUAGUGUGAAUAGACCUAGGCUAUGUCUUGAUCCCACUCCUAUUGAAUAAUAUGGAUUCACCUCUAUUGUGAAUAGACCUAGGCUAUGUCUUGAUCCCACUCCUAUUGGAUAAUAUGGAUUCCCCUCUAUUGUGAAUAGACCUAGGCUAUGUCUUGAUCCCACUCCUAUUGAAUAAUAUGGAUUCCCCUCUAUUGUGAAUAGACCUAGGCUAUGUCUUGAUUUACUCAGUUUAUCAAUAGAGAUUUACAUUUCAAAUAAAUGAUUACCAUUGUUGUUUUUGUAGUUAGAUUGGUGAAAACAAAGUCAGAUCGAUUGUAUUAUUGAUUCAUUAAUGUCUCAAAACAAAUGGACAUGUUCUAAUGUGAUGAGACUGAACAGAGCAGGAGCUGAGUUUAUCUGUCUGGAUAAAGGACAUGUUCUAAUGUGAUGAGACUGAACAGAGCAGGAGCUGAGUUUAUCUGUCUGGAUAAAGUGCCAUUCUAGGACUGGCUAAAACACCUUUGUUGUUUUGGUAUCAUGAUGGUAUCGAGUAUCAUGAUACUAAACCUGUAAUCGGUAUCCAAGUCCAAAUUCUGGUAUCGUGACAACACUAGUACUGAACUGAACUGUAAUCUACUGGGCUUAAUGUCCAAAGUUGUGAAACAUUGACGUCUAUGAUUGGUUCAGAUUUGGUCCGGACCAACCGAAUUUGGUCGUGUUUGGGGGAAGAGCUCGUUAAAAUAAUAGCCAGUAUGUAGAAUAAUACCAAAAUAUGCAAAGGAGGAUAUUGUAUAUUUCUACCUUUUGUACCAUUCAGGAUACAUCCCCAUGAAGAGCAUGACUUUCAUAUCAUCAUUAUGGAUUUCUGUGUAGUACAGAUCAGGGACCCAUGAUGACGUUCCGUUACCGCAAUUCCGUUACCGGGUAUAAAUCCACUUCACUUACUGUAGUUCAUUAACCAAAAUAGAUUUUUUCAAUGUGUCUUGUCAUAGCUGACACCCCAUUCUUUCUGCAGACAUCGUUGAAUCUUAAUUCGGAGCAGAUAUGUAAGAGUUUUUGGAAAACAUGGACACAAAAGAAACUGAGAUUUUACCGAAAUUCUGUUACCGAACUUUGCAUCUGCACAGCUCCUUCAGGAAAUGUGUUUUUGUAAAAUGUUCAGUGUAAAUUGUUAUAAGUAGUCCUUGUGCAUAGUUUGUUGAACAUGGUUUGUUAAACUUCUAUAUCAAUGUUUUUUUGUUUGGCAUACAUUUGAAGUGGAAAGUCAGUGUCGGCGCAAAUCUGUUACCAUGGAAAUGCCUCAAGGUUAGGAUAGGGGGAGGGGAAACUGAUCCUAGAUCUGUACACAGGGAGCUCUUAAAGGUAGAGAGAAAGAAACCAAACCCCUGCUCUCUCCUCCAGGUGAAAAACAUUUUUCCAUGUAGAUUUAAAGAAACUAAACCCCUUCUUCUCUCAGUGAAACAACAUUAUAAUCCUAGUGGAUUAAAGAAAUUAAACCCCUGCUUCUCCUCGGGAAACAACAUAAAUCCUGAGAUUUAAAGAACCAAACCUGCCUCUCUCAGGUGAACAACUUUAAUCCUAGAGAUUUAAAGAACCAACCUGUCUCUCUCUCGGUGAAAACAUUAAUCUAGAAUUUUAAGAACUAAACCCUCUCUCGUCUCAGGUUUGAACCAUUUAAUGUAUUAGAUUUAAAGAACCAACCCUGCUCUUCUCCAGUUGAAACAACAUUAUAAUCCUAGUGAUUUAAAGACCAAACCUGUCUUCUACCAGGAAACAAGGUUAUAGAUUGUAGAUUAAAGGAAACCAACCCUGCUCUCUACCAGGGAACACUUAAAUCCUAGUAGAUUAAAGAAACCAAACCCCUGCUCUCUCCUCCAGGUGAAACAACAUUAUAAUCCUAGUAGAUUUAAAGAAACCAAACCCCUGCUCUCUCCUCCAGGUGAAACAACAUUAUAAUCCUAGUAGAUUUAAAGAAACCAAACCCCUGCUCUCUCCUCCAGGUGAAACAACAUUAUAAUCCUAGUAGAUUUAAAGAAACCAAACCCCUGCUCUCUCCUCCAGGUGAAACAACAUUAUAAUCCUAGUAGAUUUAAAGAAACCAAACCCCUGCUCUCUCCUCCAGGUGAAACAACAUUAUAAUCCUAGUAGAUUUAAAGAAACCAAACCCCUGCUCUCUCCUCCAGGUGCGUGGCAGACUAAGGUGAGUAACCGGGAGAGGCGGAAGCAGAAGAGGAAGGAGAAGGGGCCUGACAGGUCAGGAAGCACGGAGGGGGUAACACACCACCAGGUGGAACAGCCCCCUCUAACCGCCCAGGUCCGCAGGAAGAACAGA